AUGGCGGCUGCCAGCUCACCAGGCCUGAAACCGCCAGGUCUCCAAGAUCUAACAGCAAAGAACUUGGCUUCUACAUGGCACAGAUGGAAGGAAGAGAUAGAACUAUACCUAGACCUUACAGUCAAGGCAGAUAACCAGAAAAAGAGAAAGAAGAUGUUUCUGUACGUCAUUGGUCAGGAAAGUAGAGAAGUGUAUGAAACACUGACAUUUGAGAAAGAAGAGGCAGAGAGAACCCUCAAAGAUUUGAUAGAUGCAUUUGACACCUACUGUAGUCCAAAGAAGAAUCAAACGGUGGAACGGUAUAAGUUCUUCACCAGAGCGCAGAAAGCAGGUGAGACGUUUGAUGAAUACCUCACAGAGCUGAGGCACUUGGCUACAGAUUGUGGGUUUGGAGAGAUAAGAGAUUCCCUGAUUCGGGAUAGAAUUCUCUGUGGCAUCACCGAUGGCAAGGUGAGGGAGAGACUGUUGCGUAUAAAAGACCUGACCCUUGCAAACUGCGAAGAGACGUGCAGAGCAGCAGAAAUCUCCCAGCGAAGCUUGCAAACAAUGGAACCGGUAUCAGUGCAUGCCGUGAUAAAGAAGACGACACAGAUGACAGCUGAGAAGCCAAUGAGCAACAACUGUAAAUAA